GGAGAAUUGGAGGUUAUGUUGUCGGAAUCAGAUGACAGUGAAUUUGAUCUUGAUGAUGAGUUUCCACCUUCCAUUGAUGGAGAUGAGUUGUCAAAAACUGAAAAGACAAAGAGAGGAGGAAAGAGGUCAAGAGCUGGUAUUCAGUUGUCCCCAUCCAAGUGCAAGGCGAAUAGAGUAAAGAGGGUUGGUUGCUGGAAGUAUUUUAAGGUGGUCACUGUUGCUUCUAGAAAGGAACUUGGGGUUAUGGAGACAAAAGCCAAGUGCAAGUUCUGUCAUAGAUCUUAUUUGUACCAUCAAGGGGGCAGCACUACAACACUAAACCGACACCUAGACAAGUGCACACAGUAUUUGAACAAGCUGGCACAAGCUAAGAAAAAUCUUGCUCAAGCUAGCAGUGUGUCAUCAGAAUCCACUUUUAGCACUGGGGGUAGGAUCCUUGAUGAUUACAGGAGUUCAUUGAAGCCAGCAACAGUUCAGGCUUUGGUGUGUGCUUCUAGUUGGAUACGCGGGUCUCGAAGUUCACCUAUUCUUUUAACUGGAGAAGGUGAUGAUGGUGACAUCGAGUCCGUGGAAUUUCCAAAGUGUGUGGUGGCAAGUAAUUAGGCACAUGGUCACAUACUCACAUGGAGGAGAUGGAGGAGAGGGAGAGAUAGGACCCGAGAGAGGAGACAUGAGAGGCACAUGGUCAUUAUAUUUUGUUGGCUGUAACUGUAAGCCUGUAAUUGUUGGUUGCAACUGUUGCUAACCUGGCAUAUUUUGUUGGCUCCCUA